AUGGAAUCCCGUCGUCCGGAGUCCUCCACUCCAAGCCAGAACCACUAUGGGGAGGAGUGGGCGCACAGCCUCAGGGUUCAGUUCGAGCAAUUACUACGAACAAAACGUCUAAAUGAGCUCCAGUCACGGCGCCUCAAGCAUGGUUCGUCAUUGCAGUCUUCAUCAAGCACGGGAAACAACGAAUCUGAGCCCCAUGACCCACGAAAACCCCCUCCUUAUUCCUACAUACGUAACCUUCCUAUGGUUCCCACGCCACCAGCGCCAAACGAUCGAGAGUCUCUCAAAUUUCGCAACUUCUUAAUAUCUCUAUCUGCUACGCCGACGAAGUACGAGAACCCCGGCUUGCUAGACGAAGCCCUCCAAGUGAUCCCCCUGGAUAGGAUAUACAGCGAAGCCGAGGAGGAGUGCCAAGUGUUGCAAGCACAGGCUGAGAGUAUGGGAGAUGGCCGUAAACCGGAAUGGGGUUAUCAAGACUGUGUCAUCCGUGCACUGCUCAGGUGGUUCAGGCGACAGUUCUUUACAUGGGUCAAUAAUCCCCCGUGCCAGGUAUGCAUGGCACCGACCAUUGCACAUGGCACAACAGCCCCAACACCAGAAGAGAGUGCCUAUGGCGCAUUGCGCGUCGAACUUUACCGGUGUUCCAACGCCGAAUGCGGGGCAUACGAGCGAUUUCCUCGGUACAGUGAUGUCUGGCGUCUGCUUCAAACGCGACGUGGGCGCUGCGGCGAAUGGGCCAACUGCUUUAGCAUGCUUUGUCGAGCAGUUGGCGGGCGUGUUCGUUGGGUAUGGAAUGCCGAGGACCACGUUUGGACCGAAGUCUAUUCGGAACAUCAGAAGCGCUGGAUCCAUGUCGACGCCUGUGAGGAGGCCUGGGAUAAUCCAAGGCUGUAUACAGAAGGUUGGGGGAAGAAGAUGUCAUACUGCAUCGCUUUCUCCAUCGACGGCGCGACCGAUGUCACUCGACGCUAUGUUCGGAAGAUGGAGUACUACAACGAGCGCACUCGCUGCCCUGAAGAAGUACUGCUCUACAUUCUCCAAGAGAUUAAGAACCUACGUCGUGCCAACCUGGAUAAGGAGACACGCUACCAGUUGGAGAAGGAAGAUAUGCGUGAGGACAGGGAGCUACGUGGUUAUGUUGUGGCAUCCAUCACCCAAGCUGUCACUCAGCUUGUUCCUGGAGGAGAAACUGAACCAAGUGGGAACAACAAUGGAAGGAGAGAUGACACCAAGGUUCCUGUCUCAGCUGAUUUGCCAUCCCGACAAAGUGGCAGUGCCGAAUGGAUCACUGCGCGUGGAGAGAAUGGCCGGCGAAAUCAACGCUUCCCCCCUCCUGAUAACCAACCACCGCCUUUCCCUUGA